GUGGGGGUGGGGGGGGGGGGGAGUUACACACAAACACCAUAUCUCUUUCCUUAAAAACACAUCUUCUUGUUUUUCAAGUACUUUUUCUCCCUCUUCUUUGAGGGUUUCUUUUCUUUUCUUUUCUUUUUUUAUUUUUUUUAUUUUUCUUCAUUUUAAUCCAAACCCCAAUUACCCUUUUUCAAUUUUUUUUUUUUUUUUUUAAAUUUAGUUUUAUUUUUUUUUAUUUUGAAUUUCAAGAAAAUGAUGCAACAGCAAAGACUGAAACAACAACAAGCAUUGAUGCAGCAAUCCCUUUAUCAUCCUGGUCUUCUUGCACCCCCUCAGAUAGAGCCCAUCUUGAGCGGAAAUCUGCCUCCCGGAUUUGAUUCUAGUACUUGCAGGAGCGUGUAUGUUGGAAACAUCCACUCACAAGUCACAGAACCACUUCUUCAAGAGGUUUUUGCCAGCACCGGUCCCCUUGAGGGAUGCAAGCUCAUAAGAAAGGACAAGUCAUCCUAUGGUUUUGUGGAUUACUUUGAUCGCCGAUCAGCUGCGCUUGCCAUUGUGACGCUUAAUGGAAGGCACUUGUUUGGACAGCCGAUAAAAGUUAACUGGGCGUAUGCCAGUGCCCAAAGAGAGGACACAUCUAGUCAUUUUAACAUAUUUGUGGGUGAUCUUAGUCCGGAAGUUACAGAUGCCACAUUGUUUGCUUGCUUUUCAGUAUACACUAGCUGCUCAGAUGCAAGAGUGAUGUGGGAUCAGAAAACAGGCCGUUCAAGAGGGUUUGGGUUUGUUUCCUUCCGUAAUCAGCAGGAUGCCCAAAGUGCUAUAAACGACUUGAAUGGUAAGUGGCUUGGAAGCAGACAAAUCCGCUGCAACUGGGCAGCAAAAGGUGCUGCUGGAGCCAAUGAUGACAUGCAGAGUUCAGAUGCCAAAAGUGUUGUUGAACUGACAGCUGGAACGUCAGAUGAUGGUCAAGAGAAGGCCAAUGAAGACGCUCCAGAAAACAAUCCCCAGUAUACGACCGUUUAUGUUGGCAACCUUGCUCCUGAA